CACCUCAGAUGAACCUUUGAAACUUGUUUACUAUUUUUAGUGUCCUAUGCAUCCCUUUAAGAUUGCUGAUUGGUCUGUGCUGUUUGUUCCUCUCUCUCUCUCUCUCUCUGGCUUUUAUAUGUGAAGUUUGCAUAGAGACAGAAAAAGAAACCCUUAAUUUUGAGAGAUCAAUCUCUAUCAGUUGCUGGUAGAGGUGGCAGUAGAGACAAACCAUUUCCUUGCCUCCACCUCUGCCAUUUUUCCGCCACCUUUUACUAUCCCUCUCUCAAAAAUCUUUACCACCAAUUCAGCUCAACAGAAAAAAAAAAUACAAUAGGGUUUUAUUUCUUUUUCUUAUUUAACCCUACUUGCUUCUGCUUUCUCCUUCGUUUUAUGUUUUCCUCGGGAUCUGAUUUCAUAAGUAAACCCCAGGUUCUGAGAGCACAAAAAGUAGACAACAAAAAAAUUGAAGGGUUCUAUAUUCCCGAUGAGUUUUUGGUUUGUGAGCCUUUUUAUAUAGUACUUUCUAUUGUCCAUGAAAAUCUUUGUCUGAUUUAGGAGCUUCCUCUGUAUAUUUGGAGUGAAGUUGAGAAAAUUGAAUACCACUUUCAUCAUCAUCUCAGUUUGAUUAAACACCAACUCAUUUUUGGAGGAAAAGAUCUGUGACUGCACCACCUCACACAGAUCUCGUUGGCCUACACUGCUGAGAUCACUUAAAAAAGAAAGGGAGAGUAUGAAUGCAUUUUCUCAUGUCCCCCCAGGUUUCAGGUUCCAUCCCACGGAUGAAGAACUUGUUGACUACUACCUCAGGAAGAAAGUUGCUUCAAGGAAGAUUGACCUUGAUGUCAUCAAGGAUGUUGACCUUUACAAAAUUGAGCCAUGGGAUCUUCAAGAGAUUUGCAGAAUAGGAAGAGAAGAGCAAAGUGAUUGGUACUUCUUUAGCCACAAAGACAAGAAGUAUCCAACUGGAACACGCACAAAUAGGGCAACAGCUGCAGGAUUUUGGAAAGCUACUGGAAGAGACAAAGCAAUCUACUCAAAGCAUGACCUAAUUGGGAUGAGGAAGACCUUAGUCUUUUAUAAAGGUCGAGCUCCCAAUGGACAAAAGUCUGAUUGGAUCAUGCACGAGUAUCGCCUUGAAACUGAUGAAAAUGCCACACCACAGGUGCAGGAAGAAGGAUGGGUUGUGUGUAGAGUAUUCAAGAAGAGAGUUGCAGCAACAAGCAUGCGUAGAGUGAGUGAACAUGACUCCCCUUGUUGGUAUGAUGACCAAGUCUCUUUCAUGCCAGAUUUGGACUCACCAAAACAAACCUCUCAAUCCAAUAUGAAUUUGGUCUACCAGCAGCUACCAUAUAAUAAUAACCCUUGCAAGAAAGAGCUAGAAUUUCCCUACCAAUUGCCUCGAGAACACUUUCUCCAGCUUCCAUUUCUAGAGAGCCCUAAAAUACAGCUUCAAUCUUCUUCCACCAUGGAACCCUUUGGUGGUAGCCAUGCAACUACUCUACUACAAGAAGAACAAGUUCAACUACAAACUGGUCAUCAGCAAAACUUUCAGGCAAUGAUGUAUGGCAACAACAAUAAUAAUACCAAUAACAUUGAAGAACAAGUUACUGAUUGGAGAGUGCUUGACAAGUUUGUUGCUUCACAACUUAGUCAAGAUGAUCAUGCUGCAUCCAAUUCCAAAGACAAUAAUAAUAGCUACUCAUCAAACACUGCACCAGCCAACAUGUUCCAUUCCACAGAUAAUAACAAUGGCGCCCUGCAGUUCACACAUUUGGACAAACAAGACAUGGUGCCUGAAAAUGCAGCAUGGAAAUAGUGGUGGCCACUUAAUAAGCUGUUUGCAUGUUGGUACAUACUAAUUAUAGAGGGUACUUCAUUAGCUAAAACAUUUAUUGAUGCAAGUAUUGUUUAAAUUCAUGUACAUAUAUAAACGUAAUUAAUGAGUAAAAAAAUUAACUA